UGAACAUAAACGACAAAAUUUUUUUAAAAAUUCUGAGACGGCCACUGUGACCCGGAAGUGUUCGUGGACUAUGGCUGCGGUUAACUGGGGCUUAUGUGCAUCCGCGGAAGGUUGUAUUGAAUAAAUACAUUAAUUUAAAGCUUUUAUUGUAGAAGAUCCAUAUUCUCUUGGUCAAUGAGACACACAGAAAGCUUCCAACUGUGACUCCAGUCCAUUGGGCUACCACGGAUAAUGAGUAGUUCCUCCUCUGCUAGUCAAAGUAGUUGUCUUCUGGAGGGAAGAAGUUUAGAUAAAGCUGAGCAACAGUGUACACUGGGUACUAUUGGGACAAGGCUUAUGUCGACAGGGCCUGUGGGGAGAUCUGAUGGGGACCAGUCCCCCUCGGCACAGAAACGUACAGCUACUCAAGCCUUCAGCCUACUUCCCAAACGCAGGAGCUCAUCCAGAUCCAUAAAACGCAAGAAAUUUGAUGAUGAGCUAGUUGAAAGCAGCCUGGCUAAAUCUUCUACUCGGGCAAAAGGCCCAACAGGGAUGGAACCUGCACGAUACUCCAGCAGUGAACCACCAUCCAAUGAAAAGAAAAAAUUAUCAAAAUCCACCACAGUGCCGUUAGCUCCCAGCAGUAUCGUCAAACGGCUAAAGAAAAGCAAGCAGCCCCUUCAGGUCACGAAAGAUCUUGGACGAUGGAAGCCAACAGAUGACUUGUUGUUAAUAAAUGCUGUUUUGCAGACUAAUGACUUGACUGCCGUGCACCUUGGCGUGAAGUUCAGCUGUCACUUCACAUUACGGGAGAUUCAGGAGCGGUGGUACGCGCUGCUGUAUGAUCCUGUUAUAUCGAAACUGGCUUGUCAGGCAAUGAGGCAGCUUCAUCCUGAAGCAAUUGCAGCAAUUCAGGCCAAAGCUCUCUACAGCAAGGCAGAGGAGCAACAGUUGGCGAAGAUUGGAUCGACCAGUCAACCUACACUGGAUACUUUUCAGGAGUUGCUAAACAAACACCCAAAUGUUUUCUAUCAGUCACGAACUGCCAAAUCCUUGCAAGUUCACUGGCAACUGAUGAAACAGUACUACCUCUUAGAAGAUCAAACAGUCCAACCAUUACCUAAAGGAGAUCAAGUUCUGAAUUUUUCUGAUGCUGAAGAUAUGAUAGAUGACAGCAAGCUCAAGGAAGCAAGAGAUGAGGUCCUGGAACAUGAACUCGCCCUAGCAGACCGACGCCAGAAACGAGAGAUUCGACAGCUAGAACAAGAGCUUCCAAAGUGGCAGGUUCUAGUUGACAGUGUCACAGGUAUCAGCUCUCCUGAUUUUGAUAACCAGACACUGGCUGUUUUACGAGGAAGAAUGGUCCGAUACCUGAUGAGGUCCCGAGAGAUCACAUUGGGUAGAGCCACAAAAGAUAACCAGAUUGAUGUGGACCUUUCUCUAGAAGGACCAGCAUGGAAAAUUUCCAGAAGGCAAGGUAUAAUAAAGCUGAAGAACAAUGGUGAUUUCUUCAUUGCCAAUGAAGGCCGACGUCCCAUCUACAUUGAUGGUAGGCCGGUGCUGAGUGGAAAUAAGUGGAAGCUGAACAACAAUUCUGUUGUUGAAAUUGCUGGUCUUCGUUUUGUGUUUUUAAUUAACCAGGAUCUGAUUGCACUGAUCAGGGCUGAAGCUGCUAAGAUGAACCAGCAGUGAGGGGGAGUUUCUUGUCUAAAUAAACAGUGGCUAAAGUAAUGAUGAAUGAACUCGUCACUGAUUAGGAUUUGUAAACUCUCUUAUUUAGACUGUUUCAUUUAAUCGUACUGGGAUUAACAACUCUAGACCAGAGCUGCGAGCUAUUACUGAUGUACAUUUUCAUUGGACGCUCAAUGGAAAAUACUGUUUUACCUUGUAUUUGUUUGGCGGAAUUAAUAGUGGAACAUUGAGGGAAGAGGAAGGAUAGCACGAGGCUUCUUUUUUUGUAAUUGCAGAUGGCGCACCUGGAAAAUGACUUCAGCUACAAUCUUUGUUUUCCUAGAAAUCUGUCCCUGUUUUAACUUUCUAUCUAAAAUUUUUUAUCAUCAUUUUCCUGACCAUCAUUCAAUAGAAUUAAGCUAUGGAAUACUGAUAGUGUAAUCUGAGCACAUGCUCUUGCUUCAGUUUCCAACAAUUGUUACAUUUUUACCUUUUAAAAACAAAAGUUGUGGAAAACCUUCUAUUUAAAAAAAGCUUUUCUGUUUUUGACAGCCCUUUUUAUUUUAAAAUGAGCGAUGAAAUAAAUGUCAAUCUGUUAAAACCAGUGGCAAUAAUGGUGGUGUUUUGGCAAUAAUACCCACACCAUUCACAAAUAAAAUUAGUUUUGUUUUCUGAAGUCUGAUUCAUAUUGGUGCAUUUAUCAACAGCAAGGUGGGAUUUCAUGGAUAGCUGAGGAGACAAUUUAAGCAGUAGAAAUUAGUUUGCCCUUGAAGAGUCAGACUCAGGAUGGCAUGCUGAUAACUAGAUGGAGAAGAUAUGUGGGUUGGCUGGUUAAUUGGCUACUGUAAGUUAUCCCAAGCAGGACAAUUGAGUGAGUUGUUGGACAGAUGGGAGAGAACAGGUUAUUGGGAAAUAAAUGGAAUGAGAUUGAUGGGAAAUUGCUUUGAGCUUUCCUUAGCUCAAUGGGCCAAAUUGCCACCUUCUCUGUCAGAAGCAAAUAUCAACACAAUAUUUGAAAAUGUGAGGGAAACUU